AACAGGAAUCCUUGUAUGGUCUCACCCUCUCUCGGUCGGCCUUGUCUUUGACGGCCGGGCUCGAGCCACUUUGGCUCAAGAGAGGCGGUGUAGGCCAGGUGUAUUGGGUCCGUUACUUGGAACCGCAGAAUUUGCCCGUCCAUGACGGCUGCUGGUGGCGAGUUGGAUGCGGCCGAGGUGCAGCCGAUGUCACGUCAGCAGCGUCAGAUCCUCGCCAGAGUGACGGUGCUCUACGCGUUGACCUGCCUCGUGUACCGUGGUUCGCUUUCUGCGGCGUUGCCAGAAAUCCUGUCAGAUUUCGGCGCCACGCGGGCACAGGCUGGAAAGGUCCUCAGCCUCGCAGCUCUGACUUACGCCUUCGUGAAGCCUGCGGCCUCGGCGCUGUCCGACGGCAGGGCACCCUGGCGCUUUCUGCAGGCAGGUGUCUUGAGCCCAGGUCUUUGUUUUCUGCUGAUGGCCCUGGCGCCGAGCUGGUGGGUCUUGCAGCUGCUGGUGGUCCUCCUGCACGUGGCGCAAGGCCCAAGCUGGCCAGGGGUCGCAGGUCUCCUGUGCAGUUGGUUCCCGCCUAUGCAGCGCGGCCUGCCGUACAGCCUCGUGUCCUCGCAGAUCAAUCUUGUUGGGUCCGUAGUGCCCAUGGUGGUGGCGGGGCUCGCUCACUGCCUUGGUGACUGGCGUGGCGCGUUCGCCGCGCUUGGGGGGUCGAACGUGGUCGCCGCUCUCUGCCUCGCCCAGGGACUGACACAGCCGCCCGAACCCGAGCUGGACGAGCUCUGCAGGUCACGCCAGGCGUCGUUGGGGCUCUGCGGUUCGCGCCAGGCGUCCUCGGAGGUCUGCCGGUCGCGCCAGGUCUCACGCCAGCUCUCAGUGGAGAGCGCGCUGGCCUCGGGGCCAGAGGUCCGAUUCGCGCGCCUAGUGCAACGGCUGCGGCGCCUGAAGCCGCACGAGCUACGCUCGGGUAUGGUGGCCUCCUGUUUCCUCAUAGCUUCCGCCAGCCUCAUGCUUUACAUCUUUCGCUUUGGAGUUGAGUUCUGGAUGAGCAUCUACCUGGAGGACACGCUGGGUAAGGACGACGGUGUGCGGAUGUUCAUGUUCUUCAUCUUCUGGUGGCAGAUCGGUGGCUUCGUGGGUACCCUCUCGACUGGGCCCCUGACAGACAGACUGGGUGGAGAGCGGUUGCCUGUUGCCUCAGCCGCUGGCGUUGCCAUGCUUGCCGUGGUGUUGGGCUGGCACACCUGCUCGGCCGCAGCGCUGGCCGGCCUGGGCCUCUUCGCUGGCUGCGCCUGUUUUGGAAACCGCGUUCUCCUGAUGCUCGCCAUCCGGCAGGCUGUGCCGCCGAAGUGGGGCGGACGCGCAGAGGCGCUGAACUUCCUCUUUGCCGAGUUCGGGGGCGUGCUGGCUGGCUGGCCGCUGAUCACGAUGCUGGAGAGACUCGGAGGCAUGCGCUACUUCAAGGCGGUGCUCGCUGCUACGGCGGCCGCCCAGAGUGCGUUCAUGCUGCUCGCCUGGUUUGCUGGGCCGGCUGCAAGCGGCUCGGUGGAGAAGCCGCAGGGCCCACGGUCGUGGCUCGCCUCCUUCAGGCGGGCAGCCCGUGUGAAGCCCCCAAGGCUCGUGCAGGUGUCCAGCAGCGAGAACAGCCAGGAGAUGUGAGGGAACUUCUGCGGUGAGGCCGCACUCAGGCACCUAGUUCUGCACGGGAGUUGACGUUGAGAGUUGGCCGUGUUGGGUGGCAAUCUGUUCUUGCUGGUUGCCAGUAGUGUAGUCCUGCCGCCAACAGCCGCCUGAGCUAUAGACUCAAAAUCUGUUAUGGCUUCUAGGGGAUGCGUUGGCGAAGCGUUGCCAUGCUGAGAAUCGUCCACCGACAUCUGGAAGACCAUGUACGUUUGGCAUGUUUGCUGUGGCUCGCAGUUGUGGACGCUCUGUGUAAGCUCUGCGUCACCUCCAGUGAGGGUACACGGGAAUUUCUCCAGGGCCGCUUAUUUCUGCUCCACGCCCGCUGCGUGGCGCUCCCACCCAGACAGUCUAUAGAUAGAUGUUUGUCUGCAAAUAUAUGUUUUCCACAGUGCCCUUCACACCCCUUCGCCAUCACGGUUUCAGUGGCAUGGCAUCGUUUUGAAGCCAUGGCUGCUCGAUGCUAUGUUUUCUCCAGCGUGCAUGGCAGGGCUGCUGUCCGGUUGUAUAUGUUCGCAUAUGCUCGCAUAUGCUGGGCAGUGUGAUCACAACGUCACAUGGUACAGAAGCGGAUGCCUGUCCGUUUUUCUCGGAUUGCACAUGGUCAUCUUGUCCCGGCCUCGUUCGUGCCUGCGCAACUAUGACGUUUCUUUCUCAACGGUUCUCUGGAUGACGCUCUGCAGCGCGUAAUCGCAUGCUGUAGAACACUCUGACUUCGGCAGUCGGUAGCCUGAUGUUUAACAAUACGCUGUAGCGACCAGUGUGUGCAUUCGUUCUCGCCCCCUAGCAUGAAGUCACACGAAGCCCCCACAGACCGAGCUCAUUAUACCAGCCGUGAGCAUCCAGAGAGGACGCGGACGAAAACAGAAGGGCUGCCGUCCGGUUCUGCUGAGAUCGUGCACGCGCUGCGCCGAGAAGCAUUUGUCUCUCUUGGUAGGCAUGCCGUUGUUCAGAGCGAAA